GGGGAAGAGAGAGAGACGAUGAAUUAUGGCGACGUAGGGACGAUGAGAUAGACCAAGACCGCAGAGAUCGCGAGCUGUUUGUGCGAGCAAGGAGGCUAGAUGAUUACCCCCGAAGCCCUCGCUAUGAGGCCGAUCGGGGUAGAGGCGACUCUUGCGGCCGAUGGGAGAGGGACGGCAGAUACGAGAGAUCGGACCGGGAUGGAUAUAGGGACGACAGAUACGAGAGGUCGGGUCGAGAUGGCUGUAGAGGAAGUAGAUAUGAGAGAGGAGAUCGGGACUGGGAACGACAAGAUGGGUUACGCGGACGGUCUGAGCGCGGGGGAGAUGCGAGAGAGCAGCGUGACGAGACGCGAGGAUGGUACAUUCGAGGGGAUCGACGCGAUGAGUCACGAGGACGCUAUGACGCGGGGGACCGCCGGAAUGACUCGCGAGGGCAGUAUGAGCAAGGAGGGUCUGGAGGAGACCGGCGCAACGAUUCGCGCAGUCGGAAUGAGAGAGGGGGAUAUGGUGUCUCAUCAGAAUCAUAUCCAAAGUCGCCUGACCCCAAGGCGGCCAGGAAUUCGAUGUCUCGCGGCGCAGAUGACAGGGCAUGAUCUGGGAGAUGUAUUAAUGUUUCCUUCGAUGAAGGAGAACGUCGAAUCAAGGAGAAUAAAGACGAGUAAAGGAGUGGAGCCGGUCAGGAGCCAGAGCAUCAAGAUAAUCUUUGAAGGGGAUAUCGCGACCACACCCAUAAGGGUGGAAACCACCAAGUCAGCCAGAGGGUCUACAUCAAAGAAAACAGACAUGGAUUACGUGAUGGCGGAGACGGACGGGCAGCGGGUCGAUGGAGAAGAGGUUAUCCUUUCGCCGCGAAAGCGGGGAGUCAAGAAGCUCUUGAUGAAGAGUUUGUUGGACGAGAUUGACACGGUUGAGCCACUGAGGCGGGCCCUUCGGCAACCAAUGCAGUGUUCUAUUCUGGAGUACCUGGCGGCAUCGAAGCCGGCUCGUGAUGAAUUACAGAUGAUCACGCGGAAGACUCGCAUACCUCUAUCAGAGGAGGGUCAGGGAGCCCCUAAAGCGGAAGCUUCUACAGUAGCGGUAACGGGGGUGACAGCCAGAGCGGAUCGCAUGGCGACAGUCCUUCUCGAUGGGAUGGAAGGUGUGCCUCCAGACAAGUUUUAUAUACUUGGUAGCGGGGCCGUAGAGACGAUUAUAAACGAUGGAGCGGUACUCGAUGCUGUGAUUGAUAACGGCAGUGAGGCUGUCAUCAUAGACGAGGACCUGGCGGUACAAGUUGGACUGGGCUUCGAUAGGACAUACCUAUUCGAGAUAGAGACGGCUGAUGGGAGAAAGCAACAAAUCACUGGGGUUUGUCACAAGGCAGCCAUAGAGGUCCAAGGGGUACGAGUGACCCUGCCUGUCUUUGCAGUCGAAAACUGCAGCUCCGACCUGCUCUUGGGUCGAAUGUGGUUGAGCCACGUGCAUGCGGUGACGAUAGAGCGAUCUGAUGGGAGUCAAACAUUAUCCAUUAAGAAGCCAGACAGGACGCGGGUAAUGAUUGAGACAGUGGAGCCUCGGGACCCGAGGAACAGAGCAGCUCUCGCUGUGGGUGCAAGACCCAGUGAUCAGAUUAAGUCUUUACCCAUCUCCGGCCGCGCGGUGCGAUUUCGCGAGAAGAGAUAUGGACCACUGCUCACAGAGGAAGAAGAAAGGAUGGUGGAGGUAGAAGAUUUAGGAAGCCGGCUAAUAGUGGACGGCAACUCGUACCCAAAGGGAAAAGAUGAGGAAUUAGGCGGUGUGGUAUCCGUGUCUUUUUUAAGGGCACGGCCCCCUAUGGGGGGCUCCCCAAGCGACACAAGCGAGUAGCUCAAAAAGUUAAGCCAGCG